CCUCGCGUCGUGGCCGCACUUCAACCCCCGAGCGCACGUUGCGCCCCGCGUUACGUCCUCGACUAUAGCCGGGUUUAUACCCCUUGGGCCAAGGACUAGAAGCAGUUUCUAGGAUCGGGCGGGAUGUUUUUAGAACGAAGAGAAAUUCCGUGGAACAUGGAAGUUCCGGAUUUUUAGAAGUAAGGGUUGUUUCAUCCCCCCUUUCGAAUCGACGCUGUGUCUUUGGUUUACUCGAUCGUAUCCUUAUUCUUGUUCUGACCGGUCUUCUCGGUUUUCUUUCUUUCUUUCUUUCCUUUUACGUUGAUUCUUACGUUUCUAUUCGUUCUUCGAACGACCAUUGGUCUUGUCCGACUACUUACCCCCGGCGUUAUUAUACUCCGAGUGUCUUCCGGCUCCCGCGUUACGGUUAUUGUGCACUACUGGACUCGAGAAUACGCGGAAUAAUCCAAGGAGGUGGAGAAGCAGAGAGGGAGAGAGUGUUUUUGGAAAAAAUGGUACCCAAUGUGCUGCGAACAAACGUUGUACUCGCGGCGGUCGUUUGAUAACGCAAGAAAAUCAGGUGGGACAAAUGGAAAGGCAGGAAAGCGGCGCAGAGAAAGCGAUCGGUGAAAAAUGUGGAUCGUACGUUGAUGGUGGGAUUGUAAUAAUUCGCGAGCUUCGCGCUUGCAGUGUGGAGGUGAAAGUUUUUGGAUAAAGUGUCGGCCGGAAAUCCGAAGCACGAGAACGUCAAGCAAGCAUCGUCGAUCCGAGGAAUGGAUUUAAUUGAGACUUCGAAUUACGGGUCGGUGGAAAUUCUGACUGCCCGCGGGUUUUGCCGUAGAUUUUGAGUGCGUCGGUUUCGUCGUUUCGAUCAUUGUCGUUAAUCCGCAUAUCGUGUAACGAACGAAGAAAUAUCGGUGUAUUGUACAAGGCAGAGAGUGGAUUACGAUAAAUUAAUAUUGUGCUCACCGAUGAACGAGUGACCAUGCAGUGAGUGUCCCAGACUUGGAUUAUCCGAGUGCCGAAUCAUGGUGGUCGAAGAGUGCCGAUGAUCCUUCGAAGGAUCGAGUGACCGAUUUACCGAUGGAUGCGCCUCACCGAAAGUGUCACCUUCCGUUUCCAAUUGGUGAAAAUCCGGCGUAGUUUUCGUAUUUGGAAAGUCUCUCGGGCGCGGUUUGCCUGCGGUGUGUUUUUGGAUAUGAUACUCGACGUCUGCUUACCCUUUGUAGUGUUACGUGGAAAGUAAACACACCGCACGUCGAAGCUCGUCGCACUGUGAACCAGAUCUUCGGUGUUGAGUGAUGAAUAGUGUAAUCGCGUGAUAACAAGCGUUCCCAAGGUGAUUACUGCAAACGCUUCAACAACGCCGAAAUGUACGAGUGAAAAAGAUCCGACCGCGCAUUUUAUACAGUGAUACAGUGUGUCGAUAUUAUGUGAAUUACGAUUAAAGUGUGUUUCGUUGAUUGAGAAAGAAAAAUGAAUACAUCGAAAACCGGACUUGCGAUGUGGCUGGCUGGGUUUGUCAUUCUUUCGAUCGUCAGCAACGCUUCGGGAGCACAGGGAAGCAGCGGGAAGAGUUCGGAGGGUUCGCAAAACGCCUUGGAUAAUGCCGCGGCGCGGCUUGGUCCGUAUUUUGACAAGGCGGCAUCAAAAAACGUGACGGCCCUUCUGGGCAAAACCGCAUAUCUUAAUUGCCGCGUUAAGAACUUGGGCAACAAAACGAUGACGCCACUCCAGGUGUCCUGGGUCAGACACAGGGACAUCCACCUCCUAACGGUCGGUCGUUACACCUACACGAGUGACCAGCGUUUCAGGGCGAUCCACCAGGCUCAGACAGACGACUGGACGCUGCAGAUAAAGUAUCCUCAGCAUCGUGAUAGCGGGAUAUACGAGUGUCAAGUCUCGACGACGCCGCACAUGAGCCACUUUGUACAUCUCAACGUUGUCGAACCAACAACGGAGAUUGUGGGUGGUCCUGAUCUUUACAUCAACCGUGGAAGCACGAUCAACCUGACCUGCAUCGUGUGGUACAGUCCAGAGCCCCCAGCAUACAUUUUUUGGAAUCACAACAACGCGAUCAUCAACUACGACUCGCCAAGGGGCGGCGUUUCCGUCGUUACCGACAAGGGCGACAGCACGAGGAUCUUCCUCCUGGUCCAGCAGGCCAAGCCGUCCGACUCGGGCCAGUACACGUGCAACCCGAGCAACGCGCAGUCAAAAUCUGUUAUGGUCCACGUGCUGAACGGAGAGUAUCCUGCGGCAAUGCAACACGGAGGACAAGCCAAACAGCCAAGACUGUAUUCCCUGUUGCUCUGUUUGUGUCUGUUGCUCUACUAAACUAUCGAGCAGCCGGCGUACAUCGGGAACUGAAACUUCGCGCCGCUCCGUGUCAAGAUUUUCGCUAUUAUGCGAAGUAAAUCUGUUGUCUUACGAUGUUCAUCUCAUAUGGAGAUGAUUCCCUGUACCACGAACACCUUCUUAAAUCAAUAAACGAUAUCACCCAGAGUUAAACAUAAACAUUUGUUACGUCAAACCCUUAAUCAGGCCAAAGAUACAAUAAUAUUUUAUCGCCCGGAAUUGGCUUAACGUCACGUCGAUUUCGUUUCCGUUUUUUUCCCCGGCGAUCAUCGAUUUGUGCCAUCGUUAUUACCGAAAGUCAAAAUAUAGGUAGCGAGCCGAGAAUAAUUGCUUCAGAACCAGUGCGGUGUAGGUUAUCCAUGGCCAAUGCCGAUAAUCAAUCAGUUCAUUCGAAACAGUAAUCAUUACUGCUUAACGGAUAAAUCUGUCAUCUUGCUUGUGAAUUUUUUUUUUUUCUUUUUUUAUUGUCGCUCUCCUUUUGUCACUGUCCUAAAAUGAUAAACAAUUAAUGAAAAUCGCAAGGAUUGUAGACGCGUCAAAUGACGCUGAAAAAUUCAGUGCUACUUUUAUUUGACAUUACUUAAACAAUCACUGUGAUAAACGGUUCACGUACAGACUUCAGAAAACCAACCGUGUGACUAUUGCACAAAACACAUUUACAGCUCCCUUGAUUGAUUUUCGGAACAAAAUUAUUCCGCCGAAGGAACGGUUUUUCGAAUUCAAACUACAGCGUGACAUUAUUCGUUUUUCCACAAGAUACUCGGUGAAACAGUUGUAAAUUUAUAUCUUGGUUUUAUAUUAACACACCAUUUAACAUUUGAACGAUCUUGGCAAUGUUUGAAUGAUCUUUUACAAAAUCGAUCGAUUUAUUUUACUGAGAUUUUAUCAACUACAACGAUUUUCCAUAAAAUCAGGAACACUGUCUGCAAAUUUCACCUGGAAAACCUGACUUAUAUGUCUACUGUGUUUAUUUUCGUUUUUCCUGAAAAAUGUAAGUUCGCCGAUAUUCUACUUAGUUUUACCGAUCCUAAAAAACACCUGGAUUCAAUUCAUACAAUUUAAUUCGUUAGCCCGAACUUAGAUACGGUUCCAUCAAUUUGACGGCUAUCAAAUCUCGAUCCGCUGAUUUUAUUUUUAACUGAUAUUUUGUAAAGUGUUCCGAUUUUUCAAUUUACCGACUGCAGUAGCAAAUUUUUUAUCAAUUUUUUGAGUAUCUUAUUCGAUAUAUUUUCUUAGGCUUAACCGGUCUUGUCAACAUUUCAUUACUCGGAUAUUCCCUAUUAUUUUAUGAUCCCUGUUGUUUGUACAACAAUUUAAUUUUACGUGCGCAUUUACUUCCCAAAUAAUACGGUAAAUUUGUGACGUUGACUCAUCGUUCCGAACCCCACGAACAACAGAAAACUAAUCACUAUCCUCAAUGAAAUUAUCUAAUGCAAUUCAAAAUACGCGCUAAGCUUCCUGGCCCAACAUAUCAAUAAAUAAUUCAAAUCUUCAAAUCACACAAUUUAAUGAAGGGAAUAAUAAUGAUACGGUGACAGCGUUUUGCAAAAAUGAAAAUAAAAAUUUCACAUCAAAAUCACAACUGUACAUGCUCAUAUAAAACUGUACGAUCUAUUACAUAGUGCAUAUGUUUGUUACAGAUAAUAAUAAUAACGAUAAUGAUAAUAGUAGUAAUUUUAAUGGUAAUGUUAAUAAUAGUAAGAAAAAUUCUUUGUAUACCUAUCUGAGCAUGGUAUGAAAAAUUGUCGAAAAUCAAGCAUAAUUAUUUUAAUAUUCUUCAUCGCUGCUCCUGAAAACCAAUGUUUCGUGUGACGCUAGAAUCAUAUUAUUUUCUUCCGUUUACUUUCAGUGUGUCGUUACUAUAAAAAUCCUGCAGCGUUGUAAGAGUAUUUAAACAGAGAGACAGUCGUUGAAGAAGGGUGCGAAAAAAUGGGGGAGGGGAUGGAAAUUUACCGAUCAUCACACAGCUUUGCAAACUUUCGUAUAAUCGAUAUGAUAUAUCGCAUUAUUGGUAAAAAUUUAAUGUGUACCUAUAACUAGAUCACAUUAAUUCUUCUAUGUAAAUAUGUAUUAAAAAGAGUUUAGUUAUUUAGUUGCUCUCGACAAUAUAUGAUGAAUGAUAUAUAGGAAUUAUUACACUGUUCUACUGGCAGCGGUUCUUUUUAUAAAUAACAAUUAUAUAUAUAUAUUUUGACCAAUAUGACACACGGCGAUAUGAUAUAUAUAUAUAUAUAAAUAUCUAUAACAUAUACAUUGUAUAUGAUUAUACGAGGAACGAGAAUUAUAUGUUAUUGGAUAUAACGUAUGUGACAAACACACGUAUAUACGGCUAUAAACGAUGUACACAUACGUGUAGCUUAAUAUUAUUUGAAAUCAUUCCACAUACUAGUCGUAUGAAUUUGUAUACAUUAACAUACUAUAUAUGUAUAUAUAUUAAUAUUUAUAUGGACAACGUGUACAGGAAUUACUCAUACGUUCGUUCACGGUCGAUGAAUACGCUCAUUGCAAGAUGAAAAACGUCAAGUUCUUUCAUGAUGAUGGAAAAAGUAAUCAAAAGUUCGAUCGGUGUAGAAUCAAAAAGAGCUCAAGGAAUUUCAUUGUUUGCAGCGCCAUCCUCGAUUCCGAUAUUUACGACAAGGUUACAAAUAUUAGGAUCCCUUGAAGAGUUACUAGAAUCUAGACCAAGUUACUAGAUUUGAAAAUUUACCGUAACGACGACUUGACACCUCGGCGUCGAAUUUAAAUCAGGAACGAAUUUGACGGGAAAAAGAUUUCAGCGCCAACUGGUGGUGGCGUCCUUCAGCAGCGCGACUUUUCGCACUGAAAGCUUUAAUUCGCUCAUUGUCCGAUGAAAUAUCGCCGAGGUAAGCACUUGUCAAGGAGAAUAUACAACGAUACGCAGAGCAAUGUAAAUGAGUAAUGCUUGUGAUCGUUGGAACGAUAAGAAAAAGUGUAACAUAAAGUGGAAACGAUGAAAAUAAUCUAAAUAGUGUGUAAUUAUAGUCCGAUGAUCUGUCGAGAUUAUAAAUUAACGCGCCGUUACAAUUAGAAGGCGAUUACCAUCACAUGACACAAUCGUGGCGUAUGCGUAUAAGUUAUAUGUGUAAUAUAUUACGUGUGAAGAAAAAAAAAAAAACACAAAUGAAGAAAAACACGCAUUAACAAACAGAAAAAUACAC